AUGGCUGCUCAGUUACCAGUCUCAUCGGCUCUCAAUUCGGUUCAUGCCGGGCAUGCUGAACGGCGAUCUGCAAAUUUUCUGCCAAGCACAUGGGGUGAUCAUUUCCUCAAUCAUGCUUCCGACCAGAUGACGAACCAAAAUCACGUAGAGCAACAAUUUGAGAAAUUGAAGGUGGAGGUGAAGAGAAUGCUGGAUGUGGACAGUGGCCUUGUAGAAAAGUUAGUUCUUAUUGAUCAGAUUCAACGUUUAGGAAUUGCUUAUUUGUUCGAGAGGGAGAUCGAAGAAGCCCUCGGACAGAUUCGCAGAGUGUACUUCGAGUGUCGUGCGAAAGACUAUGGUGAUCAUGAACUUUACACCACAGCUCUUUUAUUCCGGUUGCUGCGACAACAAGGUUACAGAAUUUCAUGCGAGGUCUUCGACAAAUUCAAGGACACGAGCAGAGGUGGUUUCAAGGAGUCCAUCGUUACCGACAGGAGAGGACUACUGUGCCUGUACGAGGCAAGCCAUCUCAGGGUCCACGGGGAGGAUGUUCUCGAGGAAGCUCUCGCCUUCACCCGCACUCAUCUUGAAAGAUUCAUCGAGGAAUAUAGCGAUGUCGACGAUGCUCGGAAUAGGAAUGAGUCUUUGUUAGCAGCUCAAGUGGGCCAUGCCCUGAGGCAGUGUCUUCGGAAAGGGUUGACGAGGUUAGAGGCAAGACAUUACAUCUCAGUAUACGAACAAGAAGACUCUCACAUUGAAGUUCUAUUGACUUUGGCUAAGUUGGACUUCAACUUGCUACAGAAACUACACCAGAAGGAACUCAACGACAUCUUAAGGUGGUGGAAAGAGCUAGAUGUUGGAAGAAAGUUGCCUUUUGUGAGAGACAGGGCCGUGGAGUGCUACUUUUGGAUUCUAGGCGUAUACUUCGAGCCACAAUAUUCGCGUGCUCGGGACAUACUCACAAAGGUUAUCUUAUUGACUUCAAUCAUGGAUGACAUAUACGAUGCCUACGGUACACCCGAAGAGCUGAAGCUCUUGACUGAUUCAAUUGAAAGGUGGGACAGAGGGGUGAUAGGUCAACUUCCUGAAUACAUGCAAGUUUUCUAUAAUGCAUUGUUAGAUGUCUUUGAUGAAAUUGAGGAAAAGUUGACCGAUGAGGAAGGAAAAUCUUAUCGCCUCUUCUACGCUAAAGAAGCAAUAAAAAUGCAAGCUAGGGCAUACUUCGAUGAGUCCAAAUGGCUGAACCAGCCGCAGAUCCCCACUAUGGAAGACUACAUGUCCGUGGCGUUGAUAACAUCAGGAUAUAUCAUGCUUACGACAAUCUCCUUUCUUGGAAUGGGAGACAUUGCAACAAAACGCGCCUUUGAAUGGUCACUCAGUAACCCUAAUAAAUUCAUCAGGGCUUCGACGAUCAUCGGCCGCCUGACUGACGACAUCGUCACUCACAAGUUUGAGCAAGAGCGAGGGCACGUAGCUUCUGCAGUGGAAUGCUUCAUGAAGCAACACUGCGUGACUGAAAAACAGGCAAAGGAAGUACUGUGGAAGGAGGUCGACGAUGCCUGGAAGGACAUCAAUGAAGGGUGCCUUCAUCCGCACCUAGUCCCGGAGCCCCUUCUCACUCGAGUCCUCAAUCUCAGCCGAGCAAUAGAUGUGGUUUACAAAGGCAACAAAGAUCGUUAUACGCAUCCUGAUCUCGAGCUGAAACAGUUCGUGGCUUCACUCCUUGUCGAUCCAAUCCCAUUAUGA